AAAUCACAAAAUCAAUAUAUAAAGAAUCUGAUAUUAGUUAGUAAAUAAAACCAGAAUAAUAAAAAACAUAUGCAAAUGAAAAUAUUAAUGAUAAUUUAAAUUCAAUAAAAUCUCAUCAAUCAAAAGAAAUUUACUCUAGUGAUUAUGAUAAUAAACUUACUUAAUAUAAAGAAAAUCAAAUAGAAAUAGAUUAAACAUAAAAGCCUACCAUAUAUAAAGAUAAAGAUAAAGAUAAAGAUAAAGAUAAAGAUAAAGAUAAAGAUAAAGAUAAAGAUAAAGAUAAAGAUAAAGAUAAAGAUAAAGAUAAAGAUAAAGAUAAAGAUAAAGAUAAAGAUAAAGAUAAAGAUAAAGAUAAAGAUAAAGAAAAAAAACAAUAAUUAAUAAAUUCUUAAAUAGAAUUUAAAAAAUAAUAAAAACCAAAAGAAAAUGAUUAUAAUUCUAAAUAAAAAAUUAUAUCAAACUAAAAAAGAUUAAGUUGUAUGAAUUAAUUUUAAGUAUCUCCUGAUUUAUUUAUUCAUUUAAAAUCCGGUUCUAUUUUCCAGAAUUAUAAAGUAGGUGAGAUUUUAGGAGAAGGUGCAUUCGGAUAAGUAAGUAAAGUUAUACAUAAAAGUACUGGAAUAACUCGAGCUAUGAAAACACUGAAAAAAAGUGAUGUAAUAAAAGAAGAUGAGGAAAAACUUUUUUCAGAAAUGAAUAUUUUAAAAAAUUUAGAUCAUCCUAAUAUUUUAAAAUUGAUAGAACUUUUUUAAGAUUAAAAAAUUAUUAUUUAAUUACUGAAAAAAAUGGCAGCAGAAUAUAUGAAAUAAAUACUUUAAGCAGUUGCUUAUUGUCAUUCAAAUUAAAUUGUACAUAGAGAUUUAAAACCUGAAAAUUUAAUAUUUGAUACAGAUAAAAAAGAUGCUAAUAUAAAAGUUAUUGAUUUUGGUGCAUCAAGAAAAUAUGAUAAAAACAAAAAAAUGUCAAAAAGAUUAGGAACACCUUAUUACAUUGCUCCUGAAGUUUUAGAUUAAAAUUAUGAUGAGAAGUGUGAUGUUUGGAGUUGUGGUGUUAUUAUGUAUAUAUUAUUAUGUGGAUAUCCACCUUUUACUGGAAGAAAUGAAGAAGAAAUAAUGAAGAAAGUACGAACCGGAAUAUUUAGGUUUGACCCUGAUGAUUGGGAUAAAAUAUCUUAUGAUGCGAAAAGUUUGAUAAAAAAAAUGCUCACCUAUGAUUCUAAAAAACGUAUUUCUGCUAUUUAAUCAUUAAAUGAUCCUUGGAUUUAAAAAAAUGCCCCUACUAAUCCUGUAAAUAACAAAGUUUUGUAAAAUUUAUCUAAUUUUUAAAGUAACUCGAAAAUAAAACAAGCCAUUAUGACUUUUAUUGUAUCUUAAAUGACCGGUUAAUAGGAUAAUUAAGAACUAUAGAAAACUUUCAGAUCAUUAGAUUAAAAUGGAGAUGGAAUGUUAUCGAAAGAUGAACUUAUAUAAGGAUAUACUUAAGUUUUUGGAGAUAAAUAUUUAGCUAUAAAAUAAGUAGAAUAAAUUUUAAGUAUAGUAGAUAGUAAUAAUUCUGGGAAAGUUGAUUACACAAAAUUUUUAAUGGCUGCAACUAAUAAAGAAAUACUUUUAUCUAGAUUAAAAAUAGAAUAAGCUUUUAAAAUGUUCGAUUAAGAUGGGAAUGGAAAUAUAAGUAAAGAAGAAUUAUCUUUAAUUAUGGGAGAUAUAGAAGAAACUUUCUGGUAGGAGAUUUUGUCUGAAUGUGAUACUAAUAAAGAUGGGAAAAUUUCUUAAUAAGAGUUUAUUUAAUUACUUAUUAAAAAAAAUUUAUGA